AUGUCUUCGAGUGGUAGUAAUGGCCAAAAUUCCUCAAAAAAUGAUUCGGUGGAAGGUGAAAAGGGCGCCGGAGCUUUAUCAUUCAAAGAUUGGAAGACCAUGAAAGAUGGACUUGAUAAAAAGUCAUCGCCUAUAAAAAAAGGUAAAGAGCAGCAUAAUAAAAAGAGGAACUCUAACUUACGCAGCAACUCGGGCCCCAAUAAUAUACAGACAAGGACCUCCAAUAGGAACGUCAAUAUGUUUCCGCCACCUCUUAUGAGUUUGGGAGUGGCUAACACCUUGGAGGAAAACUUAAAUCAGUAUUUUGGCAAUAGUGGCAAUAACAGCUUCGCCUUUAAUAAUAUGAUGAGUGGAUUUUGCGGCAACAUGAAUAGUGCAUUUGAGGGAUUCAACAACAUGAAUGGUAAUUUCAACAACAAUACGACCAGCAAAUAUAACAGCAACAACAUGAGGAACAAUGGAUUCAACAACAAUAUGAAUAGUGGAUUUGGUAAUGACAUGAAUUAUGGUUCUAACUCCAGUAUGGGCAGAGCCUUUGGCAAUUGCAAUAUGAACAACAGCAAUAGCUUUAGACAAAACAACAAUAUGUCAAAUGGAUUUAAUAAUGACUUGAAUAGCGGAUAUAGUAUGCCAGAUAACUUUUUCAAAACGGACGGGUUUUACGAUCAGAAGGAUAUGAUAAAAAAGACGAUGGAGGAGAAUCCAUUUCGAAAUAGUGUACGCGGUAGGAAAAUGUUUGACGACAUGAAAAUUUCCGCAUUUAAAAAUAAGGACGAACAGAAACGAAUGCCCAACAAAAUUAAACCGAAUAGAAACAAUCAAUCUAAAGAAUACACCGCAUCGGAUGAUAUCAUUCAGAAAAGGGAACCAAAAAUUUUCAUAAAGAACUCUCGUACCGAUUCUUACAAGCAUGUGCAAAUUCCCAAGCCACCAGAAUCGGAAAUCAAGGGGACUUUGGAAGAUAGAAAACGCGAAUGGAAAGAAUAUAGAGAUGCCAUGAAGCCGUUCAAAAAUAGAGAAUUUUAUAACGCCAAGAGAGUUGUUCAACGUUUGGGAAAGAAAGACCCUAGUGAACUGGAUGAAAAGGACAAAUUUCGCUUAGCAAACGCUCAGGAGCGAAUGGCAUUCUACAAACAGAGACUUGCCGAUAAAUACGACGGUUACGUCCCAUCUCCAAAUAAAGGAGAAGCCGAAUCGGGCGAAUUGUUCGUUUUGAAAAAGAGUAUUCAGGAUCAAUGGAAUGCAAAAAAAACAGAUCCAGACCAAUUUGGAAAUAAUGCGAAUUUUGGGGAGUCGUAUGACUUUUCCUCAGGCAGAAAAAUACUUGGUGCUGGAUCCAAUUUCAAAUACCCAGGGUUUGUCUCAGGCGGAACUAUGACUUCUAUAACACAAUACUGA